UGACAAACAAGGAAGUUUAAAUGUAACCUUUCAUUAAACCAAAAUGUAAAUUUUCUCUACAGCAAGGCGGUUUUUUUUCUUUAAAUUAAAUAAUUUUCUGUCUGACAGUCUGCUGGAAUAUUAAGGACUUCAAGUGGCCUGACAAAUAGCAGUGAAUAGAACAUAACGUUAGCGGUCGCGUGUUAAGUUGUAAUGUUAAUGCAACGUUUUGUGAGGACAAAAUGUUUGCGUCGCUCCUGAUAACUGCGUUAACUGUAUUGUUUCCAUUUGGACAUACAUCACUGCCUCUCGUUAUCAAUACGUGGCCGUUCAAGAAUGCAACGACUGCAGCGUGGCAUACCCUGCAGUCUGGUGGCACAGUGUUGGAUGCAGUGGAGAAGGGCUGUGCCCUCUGUGAAAUGGAGCAGUGUGAUGGCACUGUAGGCUAUGGUGGGAGUCCAGAUGAGUCUGGUGAGACCACGCUGGAUGCCAUGAUCAUUAACGGGGAUACAAUGGAAGUGGGUGCAGUUGCUGAUCUGAGAAGAAUCAAGAAUGCCAUUGGAGUAGCGAGAGCUGUGAUGGAGCACACUGAGCACACAGUGCUAGUAGGAGAGUCAGCCUCUGUGUUUGCUGAAAACAUGGGCUUCGUCGCAGAAGACCUGACUACCAACAAAUCUAUGAAUAUUUUCUCACAGUGGCUGAAGGGCAACUGCCAACCUAAUUAUCGAAAGAAUGUGAUUCCAGAUCCUUCCAAGUCUUGUGGACCUUACAAGCCCAGAAUGACACUGAAACAGAAGAAGAGGGCACAACAUGCUAAUACGCGCUCCCACGACACCAUAGGGAUGAUUGUUCUCGAUCAAAAUGGUCACGUGGCUGCUGGUACAUCCACCAACGGACAAACUCACAAAGUUCCAGGUCGUGUUGGGGACUCUCCUAUUAUUGGAGCAGGGGCCUAUGCAGACAGCUCAGCUGGUGGUGCUGCAGCUACUGGAGAUGGAGACAUCAUGAUGCGUUUUCUGCCAAGUUACUUGGCUGUGGAGUUGAUGAGGACCGGGGCAGAUCCCUCUGUAGCCUGCAAGACGGCCAUUUCCAGAAUCAAGAGGCAUUACUCAGAAUUCUUUGGAGCCAUCAUCUGCGCUAACACAACAGGCCAUUAUGGUGCGGCCUGUAACAAAGUCCCUGGCUUCUCGCAGUUCCACUACAUGGUGUCCAACUCAGAGUCAGACACACCACUGCUGAAAUCUGUGGACUGCUUUUAAAUGCUGGGCGAUUGUGUCUAUAUAAAUUAACGGUCUCU